AGAAAUGCUUAAACAAAAGACAUUAAUGCUGAGUAAGAGUUUGAACAUUUCUACCUUCACUGCAAGUGAUGGGUGGCUCCAACGCUUUAAAUGUAGACAAGGCGUCAGAUUUCUGAAAAUUACAGGUGAGAAGUUAUCUUCUAAUCCUGAAUUCGUCUAUCCCUUCAAAGAAAAGUUUAAAGAAAUAAUCCGAGAACAUGGUUUGAAUUCUAACCAAUUGUAUAACGCCAACGAAACCGGAUUAUACUGGCAAUUAUUGCCUGAUAAAACGUAUGUUUCUAUUAAUGAAAAAACUGCUCCUGGUAUGAAAACAUCGAAAAAGAGGAUAACUUUUUUGGGUUGUUCAAAUGCUUCAGGACUCCAUAAACUGAAGCCAUUAAUAAUUGGAAAAUCAAAAACUCCAAGAUGUUUCAGGAAUUUCAAAAAUCCUUUGAUAUACAGAAACACAAAAAACGCCUGGAUGACAGGUCAAAUUUUUAAGGAUUGGUUCUUCGAAAACUUUGUACUGGAGGUGAAAUCGUUUUUGCGAAAUAUGAAUUUGCCACAGAAAGCAGUUCUGCUCUUAGAUAAUGCGCCAUCACAUCCAUCUGCUGAAGAGCUCAAAAAUGCAGAUGGCAAGAUUUUCGUAAUGUUUCUUCCACCAAAUGUAACUCCUUUGAACCAGCCAGUGGAUCAGAAUAUUCUGAGACUCACAAAAUUAUACUAUAGAAAUAGCUUACUGAGUUGUGUCGCUGCAAGUGAGGAAUCAAUAGGAACUGCACUCAAAAAAAUUACAUUACGAGAUGCGAUUCUUCAUUUGUCAUCUGCUCGGGAUAAACUAACACCACAAACCAUUAUUAAAUGCUGGAAUAAUGUAAUGCCUACAACUGCCACAUCUAUGAACGAGAGAUUCGAUGAUGCAGAUGACAACGUGCCUCUGAAUAUUUUGCAACAUAGAUGGAGGAACGAAACUGAAAAAGAAAAUUUGGAUAGUAUUGAUAGUGUCAUAAGGGAUACGAUUUCACUGCUAGAAGAGGUAGCACCUGCUCAGUACAAAUCGACAGAUGUGGAAGAGUGGAAUGAAGAUGUAAAUAAAGAAGGAGAUAGAACAGAAUCACAGGAAGAAUUAGAUACCAGUGAGAAUGAAGAGAAUGAACCACCGGUUAUCACGAUACCUCAUGCUACAGUUAUAAAGGCGUUGGAUACUACAAUAGAAUGGUCUAAACAAAAUAUGAUCCAUAUUAGUGAUAUAAUCACCUUGAAAUGAAUCCACGAAAAAGCUGUGAUGGCGAAAAUAAAUCAAAAAAGGGAACAAACAAAAAUAACUACUUUUUUCAA